AUGAGCCGAUCGCAGCCCGUAUCCAACGGCAAAGGCCCUGAAAAGAGACUUCAGCCCAAGAACGGAAUCACCAAGCAAAACCAUCAAGCCAAGAAACCGCGCAAGAACGAAAAGGCCGCAGCAUUCCGGAAAGAGAUAAUAGAGCAUGGUGCUUUCGGCGAGGGUUCUGUCUUCAAUCAGGUUCAACGCUCGAAGCCCGGUUACAACGAGGAGAGCACGACUUUCCCUCCAGCCCGCAUGUCUAGCCGACGCAAUGCUGCGUCUCAGAGCACGGUGCGUCAGCACAAAAACACCGUUGCUGGAGGCUCAAACCGCAACACGCGCGACUACGAGACACCACAGACGCGCCGACCAAACCCUGAGCGUGGUCCAGCACCCAUGCAGCCACAGCCUGUCAGUCAGUACCCUAGAGGCAAGAACCACAACAACAACUCUUCAGCAUACCCGCCGCAACAUAACGCCAAUGGCUUCCCUGCAAGCGGAAGCGAGUCAUACACCAAAAACCCUAACGCGUGGCCACCGAGAUGA